AACCUGGCUUGUUCAGUCAUUCUGGUGUGUGUGUUGUUAGCAGGGUGUUGCAGGUGUUGGGGAGAGUCCUGUGUGUGUGUCGACAUGAUCCCGUGGUCCAUGCAAGUGUAAAUCAUUGAAGUAAUCGUAGCGAGAGUCGACCAGCAAGCAGUUCUUGGUGAAUUUCCACCAGACAUUUCAAAGCUGAGAAAAGUAUGCCAGGACGGCCCAUAUUUCAGGGUCUCGAUAACGGCAGGUCCAAGACGAGUCUCUUGGCUAGAUCACAGGUUGCAGAGCGUCACCUUCAGGCAUUUGAACUGUGCCAGCAAAGAGGGGAAAUUGGCCAGAGCUUUUCACAUUUGUCUUUGGUGCUUUGCAUUUUGCCAAACCUCAAAGCAGAGUAUUACUCCACUUACCUUCAAGUUUUUGAAGACUGGAUUGGAAAAGUUGAAGAGAACAAUGGCUUUCAGGAGGCGAUGACUAUUUUUGAGGUUGCUUUCAACCAUUAUCCAGAGUCUCCAGAUCUGCACCAUCUGCUUGCUAAGAUUCUCUACAGACAUGGAAGUGUACACGAAGCUUGGAAUCAUGCGUGUCUUGCUCAGGUGGAAUGCCCACGAGAUCCAAAUGUUCAAGAGACCCGAAGCAGGUUGACCAAUGCCUUGGUUGACCGCUGGCAUCUGCCUAUGAUUAAUGACUCCACCCGGAAUUCUGCAUUUAAACUGGCUAUAGAGAAAGCUGUGGAACAGGGGCACCACAGUGUUUUGGAUAUAGGAUCAGGAACUGGCCUACUCAGCAUUUUUGCCAAGAGAGCUCAUGCCAGGGAAGUGUAUGCCUGUGAAGUUGACAAGUUUAUGUGUGAGUUAUCUAACAGUAUUCUCCAGGCCAACAUGGACCCACCAGUGAUUCAUGUACUUAACCAACACAGCACAGAUAUUAUCAUCGCUUCACACAUCCCACAAAAGGUAUCACUGGUAGUGAGUGAGAUAAUGGAUGCUGGGCUGUUUGGAGAACACAUCCUCACAACACUAGAACAUGCAUGGAAACAUCUUCUUUUGCCCCCCAAGUCAUCAGUAAUGCCCCAUGAGUCAGAAGUUAUGUCAUCAUUAGCUCAAAAGCCAGAAACUUCAGUUAAAUCUAAUUUUUCAACACAAGUUGAAUCUAGUUCAGAAACAUCUACAGACCCUCUGGAGGUUAUGACUGCAGACAGGGAAAGAUUGUUAUGUAGGAAAACAGAUCCCCUAUCUUCAGAGUUUGGGAAAGUUAUUCCUGCCAAGGCUGAAGUAUUUUUUGCUCUUAUCAGCUGUGAUUACAUUGCAAAGCAAAGUAAGGUUCACAGAUCUGAUUUGUCAUACUUCAGAAACAAAAAUGUUUGCAUAAAGCUCCAGGAGCCAUAUAUGUCAGAGAAACUGAGUCAAGUACCUGGAGGCUUUAAGCUAUUGUCAAAGUGGACUCAUUUAACUACAGUGGAUUUCAAUUCUCUUGAUGACAUAGAAAAACACCUCACAGGGAAAGUAAAUAAAACUUUAAAGUUGCAUUGCACAGAAAAUGGACCUAUUGAUGCUAUCAUAAUUGCAUUUAAGCUGUACAUGGAUGAAGAACAUUACAUUGAUACUUUUCCGGAUACAGGUAAUACUCUGUGGGAGAAUGCUGUGUAUCCAGUUACAAACCUAAUUAGUGCUGUUACUCAAAACAUCAUCACAGUUGACUUUAAGUGUUCAGGUGUCAUAAAGCUGUCAAUACAAGAUAGCUCAACAACAUCAAAACAUGAAGACUGUUUUUAUCUCAGUGAAAAUGCAAUAAGAUUUUUGAACAGUAAAAAAUUUGUAAACUGUUUUCUCUGUGUUGCACAGGAAAUGGUCAUGUACCUGCAUCAGGCAGGAAGGAAUAAAGCUCCUAGAAAGCGUCCAAUAAUUAUAUGUGACACCACACCGUUCCCAGUGGCUGGUCUGGCUGUACAGUCAGCAUUCCCAAACUCUAAGCUUUAUGUAGAGGAUGAUGACAUAAAGAAUGCACUAAAUGAAUUAGGAAUUAUUGUUCACCUUUGUGAAGAUCUGGAAGAGAAGAUAGAUGUCCUAUUUAUGUGGCCAAUAACAAAAGAAGGAACACUGAAGGAUGGACUAGUGAAAAACAUUAUCAUGUACAGGUUAAUGAUGGCCAGAGAUGGCCUAGUGUAUCCACAAGAGAUAGAUCUCGUCGUCAGCAUCAUCAGCUCUCCAGCGCUGGCAGCGAUGACACGAGUCCAUGAUCAAAACACAUGUGAUGUCAAGGUGGCAGAAGUCUUCAACAUUGUUAAGACAACUCACCACCUGGAUGUACCAUUGUCUGCAAUAUCACAUGCAACAGUAAUACAACAUCCUGUCCCUGUAGUGAGGUUGUCACUUGUCUCCAGUCAUGCAGAGCCUCUAGGCCCACUGCGGGAGGAACUAGGGGAAGAGAACGCAAGUUUGCUAGUGCUGGGAGGAGAGGUGGUUAAUGUACUUACCAACGUAUUGGUCACUGACUCAUCAACCAUUACCGCUGUUCCAUAUUGGUUUCACAUCAGAGGUGAAUUACCUCAAAAAACUAAAGUUUCAUCUAAAUUGCCUUCAGAAUCAACCUCUGAACUGCCCUCCUUAGUUCCAUCAGGUCAUAGCACAACUCCACAUGACAACAUUGUUUUAUCAACGAACCACCCGGAUUCUCCGUGCAACCAAAGUCUUUUUGUGUUAAAUAAUCCUUUGGAAGUCCUUGAGGGUGAAAAUGUUAGCUUGGAUGUUGUCUGGAGGGAAGGUGUGUUUCAUGCCACUGUAGAAAUACCUGAAGUUAACCGAGGUGAAUGAUUACCUUCCAUUUCUCUCACUAGCAGUCAAAUAUAAUUUUAAUUCUUCACACUUGCAAGUCUUAAAUAUAGCAUGAAUACUGUAUUUUAAUUCUUCAAGUCCUUGUGAAAUGUUCUCUAAUAUUGUACAUACAAUUAACAAUCAGUUAGUGCCCAAACAAAUUAUUUGAAGACAAAAUUCUGCACAAUCAACAUGUAUGUAUAGUAUUGUAAUGUUUGAUAUUUAAUAAAAACAAUUGCUU